UUAAGAUAUUUAUUUUGAUCUUGAAGCUGCUUUGUUUCUUCAUAUGACUAUGAUAAAUGCAACCUUCAUUACAGUAUAUCCACAGUGUCCACAGUCUGCGAUUAGCCGGCGACCAGUCGAGGAUGUACCCCACUGAGUUCGUCGCUUGAGCCUAGUUCUGGUCGGUUUUAGGUGAAAGUAAGAAAGUAGUUCCGGUUAUUUGUUAUGGACAUAAAAGAAAAGAGUUUUGCUUCUCAACAAAAAAUACAUAUAAAGAGUAAUACAUUUGUAUAACAAAACCGUUUGACUCUAAGAAGUCAGACCUCAUAAUCACUCGGCGUUAUUUUCUCUACCUUCUAUCACUGCGCAUUUCCGCCUGCAGGACAACUUGUAGCUCUUUCAUACAACGUGCAUACUCUGAUGCCGAACACACGAGAGUCACCUAGUGGCCUUGACUUGCAACAACAUGCAAUGUGUACUACUUAUUAGCAGUGCCGUAAAUAUGUGGGAAAAGACAGAAGUGAUAGUUUUUCGUCUUCAUGUACGGAGUAAAAAGUAGCGGUACUAUUAGUUUGUCCAAGGGGUGUUGCCAUAGCGCAUUUCUCAAAAAAAGGAGUUGGCGGAAAUGGACUAACCACAGCGAGUCAGCCUAAGAGACAGGAGCGUCGAACAGAAGCACAGAAGUAGAGUUAUUAGUUUUGGCUCCUCUGCAGGUGUGUGAGAGAUGGCUCAGAGUGGAUCUCACACAAAUAAAACGCUGUCAGAAUUGACAAGCGAAGACUUCCAGAAGUUUUGUCAGCUACUGGAGAGCCGAGGGCAGUUGAAGAAGGGGACUUACUCCAAGCCGUCGGAGGUCGUGGAUGUGUUGACUUCUUCUCUGGGCGUCAGUGAAGCCCUCUCCUUGGUCGAAGAUUCACUGAGUCGCUUCAAAGAGAAAACACAAGGAAAGAAAGAACAAGUGGAGCUUCAACGUAUCAGGUCUCGGUUUAUCACACUGGCAUCUUCUUCUCUUUUGCGUCAACUGUUGGAGGCGCUUGUAAAGGAUGGUGUAUUGAGUCUCGCAGAGAGAAAAGAAAUGCUGGAGGUACCCAGUAAACACAGGGCUCAGUCUCUGAUUGAUCUGGUUCUAAACAAAGGUCCCAACGCAAGCAGGAUGAUGCUGUUUCACCUACAGCUGAGAGAGCCUACACUUGUUGAAGACCUCGCGAAAGAACAAGUGAAGCUUCAACAUAUCAGGUCUCGGUUUAUCACACUGGCAUCUUCUUCUCUUUUGGAUCACCUGUUGGAGGCGCUUGUAAAGGAUGGUGUAUUGAGACCCGCAGAGAGAAAAGAAAUGCUGGAGGUACCCAUGGAACACAGGGCUCAGUCUCUGAUUGAUCUGGUUCUAAACAAAGGUCCCAACGCAAGCAGCAUGAUGCUGUUUCACCUACAGCUGAGAGAGACGACACUUGUUGAAGACCUCGAUGACGAUCAAAUGAAGCUUCUACAGUUGGGGCCUCGCAUGACGUCAUCAGUGUCUCCCCCUUUUUUGUAUUACAUAUUGGCAAAACUUGAAAGAGAACAUUUAUUGAGACCCUGGGAGAGAAAAUACAUACUGAAGAUCACUGACAUUAGAGAAAGGUCUCAGUCUCUGAUUAAUCUGAUCGUAUGUAAAGGUCCAAGAGCAUGUAGAUGGAUGCUGUUUUACCUAAGGAUGGAAUAUCCUACAGAUUUUGAAGUCGGGGAAAGACAGAAAGAGAAAGAACAAGUGGAGCUUCAACGUAUCAGGUCUCGGUUUAUCACACUGGCAUCUUCUUCUCUUUUGCGUCAACUGUUGGAGGCGCUUGUAAAGGAUGGUGUAUUGAGACCCGAAGAGAGAGAAGAAAUGCUGGAGGUACCCAGUAAACACAGGGCUCAGUCUCUGAUUGAUCUGGUUCUAAACAAAGGUCCCAACGCAAGCAGCAUGAUGCUGUUUCACCUACAGCUGAGAGAGCCUACACUUGUUGAAGACCUCGAAGGAAAGAAAGAACAAGUGGAGCUUCAACAUAUCAGGUCUCGGUUUAUCACACUGGCAUCUUCUUCUCUUUUGGAUCACCUGUUGGAGGCGCUUGUGAAGGAUGGUGUAUUGAGACCCGAAGAGAGAAAAGAAAUGCUGGAAGUACCCAUGGAACACAGGGCUCAGUCUCUGAUUGAUCUGGUUCUAAACAAAGGUCCCAACGCAAGCAGGAUGAUGCUGUUUCACCUACAGCUGAGAGAGACGACACUUGUUGAAGACCUCGAUGACGAUCAAAUGAAGCUUCUACAGAUGGGGCCUCGCAUGAUGUCAUCACUGUCUCACUCUUUUUUGUAUUACAUAUUGGCAAAACUUGAAAGAGUACAUGUAUUGAGACCCUGGGAGAGCCAAUACAUACUGAAGAUCACUGACAUGAGAGAAAGAUCUCAGUCUCUGAUUAAUCUGAUCAUAUGUAAAGGUCCAAGAGCAUGUAGACAGAUGCUGUUUUACCUAAGGAUAGCGUUUGAAGCCACAGAAGGUGACACCAGUGGGACUAGUGGGACCAGUGAGACCAGUGUCAAAAAGGAAAUGAAAAUGGAGCCAGCAUGGUUUGACAGAAGGAGAAGAAACAAAUUUGAGAUCUUCGAUGCAGAGUGGCUCACUGCAAGCGCAACGUCAAGUUGUGCUGAGGCUGAAUGGACUAAACUUGAGCCAGAAGUGACCCAUCCUGAUGAGACUUUGUACAGCUUCCAGUGUGGACCAGGUAAAUUCGAAUGCAGUGUGUCGGGCCUGCGUUGGGCUUGUUCGGACACAAUGAGCUUCAAAUACCGCUUUGGCCACUGGUGGGAACACAAGCACAAGCUGGAAGCCAUGCAGUACAUGGCCGGGGGCCCACUAUUGGACAUCACAGUCAAUGAUGGACAGUUCGAUGACGUAUAUCUGCCACACUGGAUCUGCAUCAAUGAUGACAAGACCGCUGUGGAGCAGUUCGCAGUUCUGUGUGUAGAUGCUGAUGGAUAUAUUGUGGAAAAAGUGUCUGAGGUCACAUCAUCCCAUGUCAGACUACCACACCCAGUUUUCUCUGUAAAAGGAGUGAUCGCCUGGAUUAGCCGCUUGAUGGGUUAUCCGCUGCCUCUGAAGUGCAAAGUGUUGAUAUAUCAGACCACGAAAACCUUCCUGACACUGCAUGUUUAUCUCAUCCUGUCUGACCCUGCUCUUGAAGAGGCACUCGACAACAAGGCACAAAGAUUACAUUAUGUCAAGAUUGAGAAGCCUUACCCUGAAGGGCCCUUGGAACUGGAUGACCAAUUCCGCCUCAAAGCUGAUGAUGGCGAUGCACAGAUAUCCCCAGAUGAUUUUAAGCUGACGGAUGAAAGUCGGGACCCAAAUUUCUUUGAGGUGUACAUCCAACAACCAGCGCAUAUAUUCAGUCUCAGACUUGAAAAUGCAGCUGGACAAGUGUGGAGAUGUACGAUUCGACAGUCUGACUACACAAACCCACGACCUAUUUGGCCAGGAACGAGGACAUAUGAUGAAGAGCUUAACAGAGUGAGGACUCGCUUUGCGGAGAGGGUCAGUGACGAAGUAAUUAAUCAGUUGGUGGAUGACCUCCUGGGUCUAGACCUGAAUGAUGGUGAGAAAGAUGCAAUAAUCCAGGGGAACCCGAUUCGCACAGACAAGGCACGUGCACUGAUUGACACGGUAAGGAUGAAAGGAGAUGAAGCUUCCAGGAGGAUGAUCAGUCACCUUCAGCAGAGGGACAAUACACUUCACACUCACCUGGGGCUACCCCGGGUAUAAUGAGUUAGCCAAAGUUAAAGACAUUUCAGUUAAGGUGUCCGGUGGGAUUAGUGCUGCGCGAUGUUGCGAUAUGUAGGGUAGCCUAACAUAAGAAUGUCUACCGUACGAUAUAUUUUCCUAUCGUUUGCAUUGUAAUUUUAAUGUCUGGACUGCGGUUAGUUCGACUAAUGUAACGCUUUGUGAUCGCUGGCGGCUAAACCAACAACUCGAACACGUCUAAUCUUUUCCAUUACUGACAGACACAGCGACAAAGUGCUAAUGUUACCUCAAAACCACAAAGUGAAAAAAAAAAAAGUAGUAACAAAAGGAGGGACAAAAAAUACUUAGUUUUUUCAUUGUCUUGUCCUUUUGUAUAUAAAAUGUGUUUAUAAAUAAAAGGACAAAAUAGAGAAAUUGGCAUUCAUUUCAUGUGUAUAUAUAUAUUUUAAGAAUUUUUUUAUUUAUACAUAUCGUUAUCGGGACAUAAAAUUUGGUUAAUGUCGAAAACUUACGCCACAAUUUUGCCGGCUAGCGUACAAAAUGGCACGCUUCUUGUCGUAUUAUUGUUACACUGCAUGAGUCCAACUUUAAUCUUAAUGUAUUUUUUGGAAGCAAACAUCUUUCGUUGUUAGCAUCUUAUUAUUAUACUAGCUAGCUAACAAAAUUGGCAACCGGGAGUUAGCUGUGCCACCCGCAUAUGUCACUCCCAAAAGUGUUGAACACGCAACACAUCUUUAUCAUUUUGAUGCAUUCAACUAUUCUAAAUGCAUAUAAAUUGCGAAUGAAAGGGACUCAUGGCUAUCUAAGGUUACUUUUACCUUUACUGAAGACGUGACUGUUCCCAAAGACACAAUGCGGCAGCCCCCUCAAAACUUAAAAUACUUAAAUGACUUCUUGGCUCUCGGUCCACGUCCGUUUAGGAUGGCGUCUGGGUAGGCACUAAGGGUCACACUUUACAAGAAGGUACACAAAAAUACAGUAGUUACUGAGGAACUAAUGAACAACUAAUGACUAAGGCACAUAAAUUUAGAGUAGUUACUGAGGAACUAAUGAGUAACUAAUGAGUCGUGUUUAGGGUUAGGUAGGUUUGUUCCUCAUUAACUACGUACUGUAAUUUUGUGUACCUUUUAUUGUAAAGUGUUACCGGCACUCAGACCGCGGUCGGCCAGUUAUUUCUGAUCACCAUUUACUCUCACGUACACACUAUGGACAAUGUGGAGUCUCCAGUUAACCUAACGUGGAUGUUUUUGGACUGCGGGGAGAAACUUCAGUGCCCAGAGAAAUGCUGGCAUUAGUAAACAUAUUGUUUGUUAACACCUCACAAUGUUAAGAAAGUGAACAUUAUACUUUGUAGUAAUUGUAAAGACAAUGUUUGACAUACCUCUCGUGUUGGAUCGCAGAUUGCGCAGGUGUUCUUAAUAUUGUGACUUGAGACUGAGGAGUCUAUUUGUAAAGCCAAAGCACUUCAUUGAAGAUUGUCACCAAUGAGAUUGGAUCACAUGAGGUUUAUAAAUAGACUGAUCUGAUGUACAACUUGUAUGAUACUUCAAAAAUUACCUCUGAUGCAGAGUCUUAUCACAUAUCAUGUGCCAAUAUUUUCAUAUUAUUUUUUUAUCAUCCACAAGCAAUUUAUUUUUAUAAUAAAAAAGCAUAUAUGAUUUAUUGCCUGUGUGAAAUGUAAACUUUUUUUUUUGGAAGUGAAGCAAUUAUUCAAAUGUUUUUCCAAACACGCAAGCACACACACACACACACACACACACACACACACACACACACACACACAGAGGUCUGUUCUCUAAAAAGCCUGGGAGUCAACAUGCAAAUCUACCUCCUUUAGUUCGAAAGGCCAUCAUUCAAUAUGAAUUUUUUGCCCAAUCAGCAUGCUUUGUUUGGAUAAGGGUGGACCUUGCAUUCUUCUCUUGCGGGACUUCAGCGGAAGAACAAGCUGAGUAUCGCACUGUUAAUCUGAUCUGAAAUGGAUGUGACAGAAGCAAACACAUAGCUCCUACCUUAAAAAAAAAACAAAACAUUGCAUACUCUUUUCCCAAAAAGCCUUUGUUGACUUCAUCAGCCAUGUCAGGAUUGUCAUCCCUUGUGUCUGCGUUGUUCUACAUGGCCACAGCGAUGUAGUGAUUCAUGCAGAGGUCAAUAAAUCUAUAGUAGGCAAGGUGGGCUUGCUUGAGAAUAUUACAAGUACCGUUUUCAAUAUACGGCAUUAUGACCACUUGACUAAUGAGGUGUUUGCAUAGAAGCAUAGAAUAAUACAAUUGUAUUUUAUACUAUUGAAUACUAUUCUGCUUCUAGUUUGCACUGCAUGGAAUCAUACCCAAUGUUACAGUGCAUAGAGUUAAUGCAUUGGCCGCAUUUGAUGGCGCAAGUGGUCACACUGCUGUGGCCACGUUUUAGUACACGUGUACACAGUUAAACAAACCAGGUUGUAUUUUAUUUUCACAACAUUACAAUGAACAGGAACAGAAAUGAAUACGUUUUCCACAUUUUACAUGGGUCAGGUCACAGAUAUGACUUGGCUCUUUUAUUGUAAGUAUUUACUAACUUGACCAAACCGCCUCAUUACUUACUGUCUUAAUGCCAAUCUUCCCAAAUGCAGUUAACAUCUACACAAACCACUGACGCUUUAUGCUUCAUAAAUACUCAUCAUCUGCAGCUGAUGCGCUCACACAUUGUAAGGUGGUUCUGUAAAGGUUUGUUCAACCUCUACCUUGUCUUUUUCCUUCCCAAAGGAGAAAGAAAAAACUCCGUCAGUCAUCUCCUGCCCUGCUUUCCCCCCUUUAACAUCUGCGAUCAGGCAUCCCCUGUGGCAGUCUGUGGGGCUGCCGGGCAGAAUGUUUGGUGUAGAGGCAGUUGGGGUCCAGGUGUACAACGCCUCGCCCUCAGGGCAUGGUGGAAGACCCGUGCUCAGGUAGCUAGGACUCGGACUGGCCGAAGACGGCAGAGUACGCUGACUGCCGUUCAAGCAGCCCCCAGGGGUAUGGUCAUUGGAGCCUUUGCGCGAGUGUCCAGAGGAGCUGAAUGUAGAGGAACGGUAAUUGUAUGCCCUCCAGCCGGGGCGUUUACGCUGGUGGCACUGGCACCGCAGGAUGCGAAUGAAGGCGUGCUUGAACUCGCGGUUGUAGCAAGGGUAGAUGAUGGGAUUCAGGCAGCUGUUGAAGUAGCCCAGCCAGAAGAUCACCUUGAAGAGGGGUUCAGGCGGGCGCAGGUUCACAUUGAAAGAGCCUGGCAGCGGCAUAAAAGUGAAGAGAAACAUGACAUUUAAUACAGAAAGCACAGAAUGUGUCAUUUGUAUUGAUGAUUUCACUUUCACAAGUUUUUUUUUUUGAUGGAAGCAGAAAUGACCGCGACAGGCUUGUCUGAGGUUCAGAAGCAGGCAGUGACACCGACAACAACUACACUUAGGUCCAGAAGUAUCUGGACAGUUAUAUGUACAGUAUGAAGGAUAAGCAACAAAUGAAGUUGGCUGGAAGGCCUGGCAAGGCAUCUCCAGGAUGUCCACGGGCUUUAAAAUUGGUAUUUAAUGCAAAGGAUCAUCCAAAUAUUCAUCUUAUAUUUACAAUCCUGCCACUUUGUUCACAUACUAGUGAGGUGCCAUUUGAAGGCCGAUUGCUGAAGCUGCCACAUCCUAAGAUCCAUUGUUUGCCACUGUACCAUUAUGAUAAAUAGCUCAUACUUUGUGGCGCAAAGUGGAGAUAAAUGCGUGGCAAAACACUUUUUUUAAUUGAUGCUCAAAUCAUAAUCAUGUGUUAUGGUAAUGUUUCUUUUGAAGCGAUGGAACUAAUGAACCUCAGAGGUCUUUCUUGGCCAUCUCUAAUUGCAAGCCACCGUGUAGCCAACAGGUGGCAGCGUUGGCAAAGAAAGUGCAAUAUUGUUAGUCCUAUGGUUCCCAAACUUUACAGUCACGUACCCCUUCAGACAUUUGAUCUGAAGCCAUGUACCCCCCACUCCUGCACACUUAAAAAAAACAUAAACCUUUUUUAUCACAAUUAAUUUGAAAUAUUAAAAAUUAAUUGGUUCAUUUAUUAAUUUCAUAGUUCUUGCGGUCAAACGUGUAUUCUACAUGGUCACAUAUCGAUAAAGCAAGUAGAUGCGAGCGUCUUUGUCACACACACAAGAAUGCACCGGCGACAGUGCGCAGGAAUACGGCGGGAGACAAAUAAACGCCGAGCGUUUUGUGAGGUCAGAUUUUUACGAGAAGGCAUUUUUGCGAUGCAAAUGUAUAAGUCUUUUGAACGCGUAUCGUUUUGAAAUGCCAAACUCUUUGUCACGUUCAGUGUGCUGCUCUGCUGCCCGCUUGUCUGCCAUGUGUUGCAGCACACCGCCGAGCCUACCGGGAGGAGCUAAUUAACACACCUGUGGACUUAAUUACCUACCUUCUUAAGCUGCUGUCUGUCCUGCCUUCAGUGCCAGAUUGUUACCUGAUGUCUGCAUGUGACCGGCUCCUCCCAGCAUCUCUUGUAACUCAGGGUACUCUGCUUUCUGGGCAUUUUUUGCCUUUAGUCUCUAAGUACCUUGUUCCCUGCUUGGCUUCUUCCACCAGCGGUUCUUUACGCUUCUCACUCCUGCUCAGUUUUAUGCAGCGUUUUUCCUUCUCUGCUAGUUUUUGUCAGCAGCUGCUUGAGUUACCAUUUUUGUAGAUUUCUCUCGUGUAUAGCAGCGUCCUUAGUUCUAGUUAUCUUAUCUGGGUGUGCUUGUGUUGUACUUUGUAUUUAUUUUGUCAUUAUAGUAUUUUUUUUUCUACCUUUUGUGAACACUUUCCGUAAUGCAUUUUUUUUUUUUUUACACGGACUGCCUCGCCUCUGCGUUUGGGAUCCAGUUUUUCGGCCUAUGGCCGCCCGUAACUCUCUUUACUAAAUUUUCCCCAGAAAUGAAGCGGAACUACAUUCUUCAUCACAGAAAGCUCACCAGAACUGGACUUCGGAGACCAAGUGGGGUGUAAGUCGCUGUUAAUGGACUACAAAAGCGUAUGGUGAGGGGUUUUACAGCCUUAAAGCAUAUACAGUAUUAUACUGUAAUUGUAAAAAAAAAAUGAAGUUGAUUACUACGUUGAUUUCACUUAUUGUGGGCUAUUUUGCCGCGGUAAACGAGGGAACAUUGGACCAGCAGAUAAUAGAAGGCUCAUUAAAACGCGACGUGACAGAUUUAUUUUUCAGAGACCUCAGACUUAUGAGUCUCACCCCACAAAGACUUAAGACCUGACUAGGACUUGUGACCAAAGACUUGAGACUUGAUUUGGACUUGCAAAAAAAAAAAAAAAAAAAAGUAGGGCUGUAACAAAUAAAUUUCAUUAUGUAACAUUUUUUCAUGUAAUUAACGCAUGCGCACGAGGGCACGCACAUCUUCCUGCUAUGAUGGCAGACGGAAGAAUAGUGGAGCGUCCCCACACUGUACGAGUCUGACGCUCUUUUACGUCAUUCCGACCUGAGCACAUCAACAGCAGUGCAGUUCCAACAACAAAUACCGUAUGUACUGUAUCUCCAACUCACACACGCCUCUCGUCCGCUCAUCCUGGGAGCGACACUUCCUCGUUCUCAUUACAAGAAGGCGCGAUGCAUUUAGGGACACUGAACAAAAACGGCAUAAAACAUGAAGUGGAUAAUGUUAUCGCUCACUUUAACUCCUAAUUUGGAUGUACAGUUUGCUACAUUUAAGUGUGCUGGAAAAUAUGAUGAAAACAAGUACAUUUACCUUAAAUUGUGAUGUCUUUGAACGCAACCCCUCGUUGCUCAUAAUGUGUUUUAAAGUGUGAUUCAAAAGCUCUUAAAAGGAUUUGUGUGGUAUCUUUUUUUAGUUUGACAAAUUCCGUUCAUUUGGAGCUGUUAAUACAUUUCUAUAUAAUCCUGUCAUUUAUCUUUGUUAAUUACAGCAAAAACAGAUGUAAUAAUUCCCGACUAUGAACAUGCUUAGCUAGCAAGCUUGUUGCUUUGUGGAGCACCGCACAGUUUGAUAAGGUCAUCCCUCACGCGUUAUCAUUAUCGCAGAACUACCGAGACCCAAAUGAUCUCAUAUUUCAUUUUUACGACAAUAUCGGCCCAUAAUAUCAGUCUGCCGGUAUUCGACAUCCCUAAUAAUUAAAACAGACAACCUUACAAUCUAUCAAUUGAACAGGAUGUCCCACCUUGAUAAGGUGAUAAUUAGGAAGGGCAUUGAUCUUUUAAACGUCGAUAAAUGCAUACUUUUGAUGCUUUCAUCAAUGCCUCUUUAGUUAUCUUGAGAGGACGGUCACCAUCUGUAUCCCUUGAGGGUUGUUUGUGUUGAAAAGCUAUAGCAGAAGACACAGGGAGUGACAUUUAGAAGACACGGGGAGUGAAAUGAAGUGCUUGGUUGUGCAUAUAAUCAGUGGAAGGGUUAUUGUAAUUGGUGUUGACCCUUUUGCUGAGAAAAGUCUGAAUGCCCUUCCUGAGGACACCCAUAUGAAGGCGUAUUAUAGUAAAAUGUAGGAUUCUUACAAGAAUACAGUGGACCCUCAGUUAGCGUGUUUUGUUUUGGGUUUUUUUGGUUAACGUCAAAUUUACCCCACAUUUUUCCCCCGGUUUGCGUGCAUUCUUAGGUUAGCUUGCGUCUGUGUAGGCUCUCAGUCGUACAGGAGUUGUCCAUCGAGGAAAAGGC